UCCCCGGCGCGUCUCCGCCGGUGCUGAGCCGCACCGACCAGUCAACUCAACCUUCCCUCCGCUUUCUGUUGCGGACGGCCAGGCUGUCUGUCGCACGAGACGUUUAACCUCCACAGACCAGAUCUGGCUACGAAGAGCGACUCCGGUGUGACGGAUGAUCCGUUGUGCUGCUGUUGGUGUGUGACUCAUUUUUCGGACAGUCUGCGUUUACAAGCUGAUUUUUUUUGUGUCUUUUUACUUUUUGUAGAGAGAAUUUCCCCUGAGAGCCAAAGGACUUCAGUAAAGAUGCUGAUCGGUUGGUGGCAUUUGCAAGGCUAGGCGGCAAACUCCUGCUGAGACUGAGAUGGAACGUGAGGGGUCCCUCAGGAGAAUCGAGAGGAGUCUUCACAACCGGCUGAGGUUGGGGAGCAGCUCCUCCUCCAGUCUGACUGACCUCUCCCAUGAGAAAGCCACAGGAGGAGGAGGAGGCGGUGGGGAGAAAGGGGGAACAAUGGGGGGGCUGGCAGAGGAGUGCAGCAGGGACAGGGGAACCCAACAGAGAAGGGCCGGAGCAAAUGCUACCUGGAACAGUAUCCAUGAUGCAGUGAUCGGUUUCCAGAGGAAGGAUUUGGGAGAAAAUGAACUCUAUUCUCUGAAUGAAGGAGUCAGGCAGCUUCUAAAGACGGAACUAGGCUCCUUCUUCACAGAGUACCUUCAGAACCAGCUGCUCACUAAAGGCAUGGUCAUACUGAGAGACAAGAUCCGUUUCUAUGAAGGUCAGAAGUUGCUGGACUCUCUGGCAGAAACCUGGGAUUUCUUCUUCGGUGAUGUGCUGUCAAUGUUGCUGGCUAUUUUCUAUCCUGUGCAGGGUAAGGAGCCGUCAGUGCGUCAGUUGGCUCUGCUCCACUUUAGGAACAUCAUCACUCUCAACCUUAAACUGGAAGAGGCUUUGUCUCGACCCCGGGCCAGGGUGCCCCCCUCUAUCAUACAGAUGCUGCUAAUACUCCAGGGCGUACAUGAAUCUAAAGGUGUGACAGAUGACUAUCUCCGUCUAGAAGUGCUGAUACAGAAGGUGGUCUCUCCCUACCUGGGGACUCACGGUUUAUACUCCAGAGACGGUUCUGCAAAUCUACACUAUUCCUCCUGCCUACUAGAGAAACGUUGGCAGCGCCACUUCCCAGGUAAACCAGGAGACCUCCACAUUACCAAGAACCCCGUGGUACGGUCCAAGAGCUACAACGUUCCCAUGCUGACCCCCGUGGUGGAGUACGACGUGGACUGCCCCGCAGGAGGAAAUGCAAGCAUCAGACGCCACUCCGUCUGCGAGAUGACUUCCUGUUUGGAGGAGAACGGCUCAGUGGCCGAACCCAUCGCCACCCUGACCGCCACCACCACCAACACCAGCACAUCCAGUACCAACGCCAACUCCCAGGCAAUCUCUGCUGAUCGAGAAACAGCACUCCCAGACUCCUUGUGUUCAGACCAGGACAGCAGACUGACCUCCAGGUCCAGUGAUGAUGGCAGUCCUGAAGGACCUCCGCCUCCCUUCCACUCACCCUGCCUGCUCCCAGAACAUUUCCAAGAUGACGACAACCAUUGCAUGGGCUCGCUGGUGUCGGACUCCCCCUCUUCCUCCAGGGCGCCGGUUCGAGACACGAGCUCUGGUCCGAGUCUGUCCUCGAGUCCAGAGAUGGUCGUGGACCACGUCCUGGAGUCUCUGGACUCAGAAACUGAACCUGAUGGAAUCUUCUUAGAGUUCCCACAGCGGCGCUGCUCCGCAGGGUCGGCAUACAGCAGAGACAGUGGCAGGCAGAGUGUGGCGUGA